AUGGGAAACUACGCUAGCACCAUGAGCGCCAGCGCCGCCGACAGCGAGACAGAGGAGAUGAAGUCUUAUCUCAGUGCUCUCCCUGCCCAACACCUCGACCCUCUGUGGUCUCAGAUGAACAUGAUGGUGCCUCCCACGCCUAACCCUGCCACGAAGCCUCACAUGUGGAAAUACCGAGACGCUCUACCGCAUCUGGAAACAGCUGCUCGGUUGGUGCCCGAGGAGAAGGCUGAGAGGAGAGUCCUGAUGCUAGUGAACCCCAGCAUGCAGGCCCCCUAUACUACAGACACCAUCUAUGGCGGCUUGCAAAUCGUCAACCCGGGCGAGACUGCCCCAGCACACAGACAUCUUGCCUUUGCCUGUCGCUUCAUCAUGGAUGGUGAAGGUUUCACUGCUGUCGAGGGAAAGAAGAUGCCUCUUGUUCGAGGAGAUGUUGUUGUCACACCUAUCUGGCACUGGCAUGACCACGGCAACGAAAGUGAUAAGCCUGUUAUUUGGCUGGACAUGUUGAACUUGCCCCUGUUCCGCUUCGCUCCAGUGCACUUUGCUGAGGGUUACUCCGACCCUCGUUACCCUAGCGAGCACUGUGACCCCUGCGAGUGGCGUUUCCCUUGGGGCCCGGUAGAGAAGGCCCUCAACGCCAGCAAGGACGACUACGCCAUCUAUCAAUACACUCUUGCAGAUGGCAAGCCUCUAUCAAACAUCCUUACCGUCCAAGCCGAACGCCUUAACCCUGGUGCUUCAGUGGAGUCGCAAGAGAGCCAGUCAUACCUCUACCACUGCUACGAAGGAACUGGCCGAACAGAGGUUGAGGCUCCAUCGGGCGAGAAGAUGGUCUUCAAGUGGGAGGCUCGCGACACUUUUGCCAUUCCUUCGUGGUGCAAGAUCAAGCACAUUAAUGAGUCUUCAACAGAAAAGGCUUAUCUGGUGGCUUGUCACGAUGGACCCUUCCUUGAGUGUUUGGGUAUCCAGAGGAGGAAGUAG